CUUAGUGUGGAGAAUGGCAAAACUACUGAUGAUGCCGAUUAUGAUGCUGGGGAAUCGUUUGAGAAUGUACCAAGUCCACUGUAUGAUGCUGGGAAUCAUGAAAACUACUAUGGCAGACGACUUCGGACAAGCCUAUUUCUAGCGGAGCUGCCCGUCAAAUUUUGGCUAUUUGGCCGAGAAAUAUUUAUCGAGAGAAGACACCGCAUUGAAAUUUUUGACGCUUUUGUAUGUGUAAUCAGUUUUGCUAUAGACGUCUACAAUCUCAGCCAGCAUUCACGGCUGCCACACUCUGAUACUCAAACAGAAUCUCCUAUUCAUACUACCGUGCCGCUUUCUUCAACGGAGGCAUAUACCAAUUUUCUCCCAGAUACACUGGUAAAUGCUGCUGGACUCUUAGUACUGCUGAGAUUAUGGAGGAUUAUUAGAAUCGUAAAUGCAAUUAUUCUUUCAAUAUCAACUGGAUUUGAGGAAAAGCUCGAUAGAUUGAAACAUCAGCUGAGUGAUUCACAGCUGCGUGUGGAACAGUUGGAAAAUCUGUUGCGUAAAAGCAACCUUGAAUUGCCCCCACCCUCUAAUGAUUGUAAAGAGAGGAUGAAAAAAUUUGAGGUAACUAGUGAUCUUCAGUUUUCAGUCUAG